ACCCAUCAAGACUUAUUCAAUGAAUAAGUAUGUUGUUAAUGGUUUUAAAUUCACUACUGAAGAAUACUCCAAAUAUAAAAAAACUAACAAUAGUGGAGUUUGGGUAAAAGGUGGUGAUGGAAAUCUAGAUGGAGUUGAUUAUUAUGGGGUACUCAAGGAGGUUUUGGAAAUGGAGUAUUCCGGUUGGCCUACAAAAAAAAUUAUAUUAUUUAGAUGCAAGUGGUUUGAUCCAACCCCAAAAGAGGUACGAGAGAAAUCAAACAAUAUAAUAUCAUUGAAGUAAAGCACACAAGGGAAUAUGAAGCUUAUGAUCCUUUUAUUAUUGCACAAAAUGUUAAGCAAGUGUACUAUGUUCCUUAUCCCUUGCGUCCAGAUAAAGCUGAUUGGUGGGUGGUUAUUAAAACCAAACCCAUGGGCCGUGUGGAAGUUGAAAACGUGUUGGAUGUUGCAUACCAAAAUGAUGAUUCAUUAAUUUUCACCACACCGUCGAUAUUGAAUUAGAAAAUGAUUUAGAGCAUCCUGAACACAUAUUAGAAGAGGUUGAUAUGGAAGAAAUAACAAAUGAAGGGGCAAAUGCAACAAUUCAUGAGGAUGAGUUUGAGUAUGAUGAUGAGGAUGAAGAUGAAUAUGAGGACGAGGACGAGGAUGAGGAUGAGGAUGAGAAUGAGGAUGAGGAUGAGGAUGAGGACGAGGAGGAUUAGUAAUUACCAAUGUAUCUCUAUAUUAAUUACCUUGUGUGCCUUUUGUUUUAAUUUCAAUAACUUCAACUUCAUAUGUACUCGUGUGCCUUUUGUUGGAUGUUGUUUUCGAUAUUAUUUUGUACUUGUGGUUGUGGCUUUAUUUUAUUUUAAAAAGUGAUGAACUGCUAGAUAAGCUACUGGAUGAUGUUUGUCUCUCAUAUCUUUAAUAUUUAACAACCUUUGACUUUAAUGUUUUUGUUACUAAUUAGAUGACAGGUAAAUGUAAGAAUAAAGAUAUUGAUAAUGGCCCCAAAAAGAAAAAAAAGAAAGAAGGUAUGGUUAGUAUACAACAAACAGGUAUACAUAGAAGAUCAGACAACACAACAUCUCUCCCACCAAAAGACACUCAGCCACAUAGCUAUUCUAGGCGGACCGUGCCUCCACGUAUUAUUCCUCCUUCGACCUAUAUGCAUCCACCACUGGAAUAUACUCAGCCGCCCCCUCAGGUACCUUUGAUGAUGACCACAUCAGGGAAUGCUACCCCACAGGGAUACAGUGUUUUGCCUCAAGAGGAUAAUCGACCAACGUCUAGUGUCUCUCGCACUAAUACUCACAACCCUGCAGACUCACAACCAUCAUCAUCAUCUGCUUCACAACUUAUGAUGUCGAGUCUUCGCAUUCAAGUUUCAAUCCAGAUGAUGCUGUGGGGAUCAUUUCUCAGACAAUCAAAGAACUCUAUAGAGAUGCUUAUCCUACAUGGGGCAAGUUCCCUAGCAAUCUCAAGAGACAAAUAUUUUUGGAGUUCAGGAAAAAAUGUGCUUGGCGUCCGGAACAUGAGGCCAAAAUUUGUGCAAACUUUCACAAGAAAGCUAUGCAUACUCUUGCUAGUUUGUUUAAUAAAGCUCGUAGAGAUAAUAGCAAACCUAGCUGGGUUCUAUCGGAGGAUUGGGCAAAAUUACUCGUGCAUUGGAAAUAUGAUCCAAGAUUUAAGCAGAUGAGUGAGAUCGGUAAAAAGGCAAGAUCAUCUACUAAGGGUGGUUCUCUACACACAAGUGGGGCUCAAAGUCAAGGAAGUGUGAGGAGGAAAUUGGAAAAGGAACUAGGAAGACCGAUAACUCAAGCUGAGGCAUUUAAGGCAACACACAUUAGAAAGAAGAAAAAUCCUGAAGAUCCAGACGUGUGGGUUGAACCGCGAGCUGAAGUGACCUAUAAUCGAUAUCUUCAAGCUUUGGAGGAUUUACAACAAACUCUGCCUGAAGAAAAUCGAGGCCUAAAUAGUUCAAAUCAUGAUGAAUCAAUGAAGAAAAAUUUGGCUAUGGAGAAAAAGAUUGUUGAGCUAUCUAGCCAAGCCGAAGAAUCACGGGCUAGGGAAAGGCGGUUGGAAUUACAGUUUGCGGGUCUUAAGGCUCAAUUCGAUGCAUUACUUGCCUCAGGAGGGAUUCCCCCUUGUUCUGGUGAUGUCACUUUCCCUCCUCGACCUCCUCAAUCUCAACCUACUCAAUAUCCAAUGUAUGGUCAACAAAGAAAUAUGACCCAUGAGAGUAGUGAUGAAGAAAGUGAUGAUUAUGUGGCAAACACACUACCACAUUAG